UACAAAGCCCUAAACCUUCGAUGUCUCACGGCGAUGGCGAGGACGAGGAGGAAGCGCUUGGUUUCGAGGAGCUCGGCUUGGAUCCAAGGCUACUGCGAGCCAUCGCCAAGCGCGGAUUGCCCAAGCCGACGCUGAUCCAGCAGACGGCCAUUCCACGCAUUCUGGAGGGGAAGGAUGUUGUGGGAAGAGCCAAGACCGGCUCCGGGAAGACGUUCGCAUAUUUACUGCCAAUGAUCCACAAACUUCUAGCGCAUACGGAGAAUGCUACCGGUCUAAAGGCUCUUGUUCUUGUUCCAACGAGAGAGCUUUGCCAACAGGUCUUUGACGAGCUAGAGUCUCUAUUAAAUUUUUCUGGAGGAGUUCUUACGGCAGUCCAACUUACAACAAGUAUGUCGUCAGCUGUAGUGAAAGGGGCAGUGACCAGACGUCCAAACAUUGUUGUUUCUACACCUGGUUGCGUUGCUUCGUGCAUAGCGGAUGGCACAAUCUCGGCACCAUCUUUAAAGGAGUCACUUGCUACUUUGGUGCUUGACGAGGCGGACUUGCUACUAUCAUAUGGUUAUGAGGAGGAUCUGCAGAAGCUUGUUUUGCAUGUUCCUCCUCGGUGCCAGUGCAUUUUGAUGUCCGCUACGACGAGUGCAGACGUUGAUAAGUUGAAGAAGCUCGUUCUUCAUGAUCCGGUUACACUGACGCUCACGGAAGUGGAUGGUUCUACGAAGGACGAUGUCGUCCCCAGUACUGUCCAGCAAUUUAUGGUUCGCUGCGAAGCUGAGGACAAGCUCUUGCAUCUGCUCACACUCGUACGCUUUGAGUUAAUUCAGAAGAAGGCCUUGAUAUUUGUAAAUGCUAUCGAUACAAGCUUCAAGAUCAAACUGUUCCUCGAGCAGUUCGGCAUCAAAUCCGCAGUUUUGAAUGCCGAGCUUCCUCAAAAUUCUCGUUUACACAUAUUGAAGGAAUUUAACUUGGGAUUAUUUGACUACAUGAUAGCCACCGACGAUGGCAAGUCUGAUAAGCUAGAAACCGAGGAUCAAGCUGGUGGAAAACUGAAAAACAGAAAGAAACUCAAGAAGAGGAUUAUGGAUGCGGAAUUUGGAGUUGUUAGGGGCGUGGAUUUUAAAAACGUUUAUACGGUUGUGAAUUUCGAUUUGCCAAGAACUGUAACCGGUUAUAUUCACCGUAUUGGUCGAACUGGUCGAGCUGGAAAUGCUGGAGUAGCUGUGUCAUUCGUCUGUGAAGGCGAUGAAGGGCUAUUAUCGUCUCUGGAGGAUGUUCUAUCUGGUGACAGUGGAAAUGCAGGCGAGAAACGAAUUUUGCCGUUUCCUACAAUUACAAGCGGCGCCGUGGAGUCUUUGCGCUACAGAGCUGAGGACGUUGCGCGGGGUGUAACAAAAAUAUCGAUUAGGGAAGCGCGUGCGAAGGAGCUGAAAAUGGAAAUUCUGAACUCGGAAAGGUUGAAAGCACACUUCGAAGACAAUCCAGCUGAUCUGAAGCUGCUAAAGCACGACAAGCCUCUGAGCAAGCGUCAGCCUCCUCAGCAUCUUCGCUCGGUACCCGAGUACUUACGCGACGCAGAGGUCAUGGCAGCGGGGAAAGCGAUGAAAGCCGCCAAUGCGGCCAUUGGUCGACCUUCAGUGAGCUAUACCAAGAAGAGGAAGCAGAACUGGGAACAGGACCCUUUGAAGUCAAUUGGUGUAAGGCUCCUUGAGCACCUCUUCGGAGAUACAAGCUUUCACAGCUUGAUCGUUUUGUUGCAAGGCAUUACACCGAUGGGCGAGAUGUGGUCUCCUACAGCACUAACACUUCUGCAAGCUGGAGUGUCUUCCCCAGCAACCUCAGACUUUGAUAGGCUGAUCACCACAUCUGACUACGAUCAGUCUAGAGUAAGAGAGGGUGAUUUCGGUCUGAAAAUCUUCCAAGUGCCUCUAUCCAGAGAAUGCUGCGUGUCUUAUUGUAAGAUCAUGGCACCCUUCUAUAUUUUUCCCCGAAGAUUUGGAGGCGCUGUGCUUCGGAAUUGCUCAGGUAGCACUCUUUUACAAAAUGUCUGCUACAACGAGGUCUCCAUGCCCAAGCUAUUUCUUAACCUUUUUCUGAUGUCCAAAGCACUUGGUGCUUCUCAGUUUGUUGUGUAA